AUGAGGGUGGCGUUACUGUCCUUCGGUUUAUUGUGCCUGCUAAAGUGUUCGGUAGGACAAUCGCAAAACUUUUUUGAUUUCUUCUUCGAUAUUGAGAACAAGCGUCAAAAUGGGCGUAUCGUCGGUGGUGCAGCUGUGACGAUUGCCAAGUACCCGUACAUUGUGUCCAUACGGCGCAAUACGGUUCAUAUCUGUGCUGGUUCUGUCAUUUCGACCUAUUAUGCUGUAACAUGCGCACAUUGUACGUACACAAUGUCUAUACCUCAAGUGACCAUUUACGGUGGAUCUACUAGUAGGAACACGGGUGGAAAGCAGUUUAAGGUUACUGAAAUCGUCGUCCAUCCGAACUUUGAUACAGAUACUAUUGAUAACGACAUAUCAGUGUUGCGAGUGUCAACUCCAUUCGUUCCUAACACCAAUAUUGCCCCGGUGUCGCUGGUCGCAGCAGACUAUAGCUACCCCAAUGGAGCUAUCGCAUACGUGGCAGGAUGGGGCCGAAUAACUAUAGGCAAUUCUCCAUCUUCCUUAUCCGCUUCGCUAAGGGCCGUGAACAUACCGUUCGUUGAUGACGUAUCGUGCCAAAACCUGUGGUCGAACAAAGAUCUCACCGAUUCGAUGGUAUGUGCCGGCAUAAAAGGGCGUGACGCAUGCAUUGGUGAUAGUGGUGGUCCGCUGGUGGUGGCUAGUCCUACCAAUGCCAAUGUAAACCUCUUGGCUGGUAUUGUUUCCUGGGGUUCGAGUGCGUGUGGCAGCGAAUAUCCUGGAGUAUAUACUAAGAUAAAUGCCCCGGCCAUCCGAAGCUUUUUGGCUGCUUAUGUAUGA